AUGAACCCACCAUUCCCAGUAUCUCCCUCGCAAUCUCAAGCAAAGAUAGACCAAGUCCUCGAUCGUUUACAACGUCUCGCUCUCGAAUCUAGCGCCCCAAUCCCUCACCCGCCCAUACCAUCCCACUCCCAGCUCCACAUCCAUCAACACCACCUCGCUCAAGCCCACUCCCAAGCAAAAGACACCGACAGCCUCUCCUCCCACUCGUCGCACACCCACUCGCACACCUUAUCCAGUACAACAGGUACAACCUCCAGCGCCUCCUCUUCCCCUCCCUCAGCAGCACCACAAUCUUCCCCCUACCCCUCCCCGCAGAUCCCGGCCUUUCCCCCUCAGCCAGCACACUUCCACCCCCAGCAUGCCGUCAACCCUAACCUAGCGAACGUCGCUUCCCUCUACAGGCUUGGCGUGCCCUCCCGCCUCCAGAUGCCCGCGUUCGACGGCAGGUGCUCACCCCUCCCGGGAGAUAUGGGCAUGCUCACUCCCGGAUCGGCGAGUCUCCCUCUGGGGAUGGGGAUGGGGAUGGGGGGAAACCCGGGUAUGGGCCAGAAUGCACCCAUGCCCGUGGGGGCCCCGCAGAUGGGAGGCGCGAGCGGGAAAGCAUACUCUUACAGACCUGGAGACUGGAUAUGUGUUUCCCCCGCAUGCAGUUAUCCCAAUUUCGGGAGAAACGAAUACUGUAACGCCUGUCGCUCCCCGCGGCCGUCGGCCACUGGAGGGGGUAUGCCACGCGCCCCUCCUCCUGCGGGGCUGUACUUUGGCCCUGGGGAAGCCCCGAGGUUUGCGGCGGGGAGGAUGAAUGGGUUGCCCCUGGGCACAGGAGGAGGGGUGGGCACGGUGUAUAAUCCUGCUGUGGGGCUUGUGCCUGCCGGGGGUGUAGGAAUGGGGAACUUGGGCGCUCCCGGUAUCCCUGGGGUUACCGGGGUUACUGGAAGCGCUGAAAGUGGUAGGAGCCCAAUGAUCGUCACCCCCUCCGGGAGGGCGUUCGCAAGUACCGGAACGAGGAAGAACAUCUCAGGGGACGACCUAAACCCAGUAGUGAUCUUCUGGCCAGACAACGAACCGAUGCCUGAGCUCGGACAGGUCAGACCGUGCAUGUUGGGUUUGGCCCAACCGCCGAUCUUGAAUACUGGCAAUAAGGGCCCGAUAGAGCACCAGCCUGGAGACUGGUAUUGUCAGAAAUGCGAGCAUCUGAACUGGCGCAGAAGGAAAGUCUGCCAGAACUGUUACCGGUUUGCAGAAGGGAACGAAGACGACACCACCCUCGCCCGGCAGGCAGAAUGUAUCAGCGUGCUUAUCGCUCAGCUCGUAGCGGCCAAAAAAGCCCAGGAAGCGGGGGUGUUGCUCAACUUGAGCGGGAUGAUGGGCGUUCCUGCUCCCCUUGCCCCUCCCGCUCCCGUGCCCGUGCCCGCUCCUGCACCUGCUCUUGCUCUGGGCACAGCGUCGAGCUCGGAUGGCCAGCUCACUCCCUGCCCUAAGACGCAAGAAACUUACUUCUCCCCUCCGAGUGAACGACGCCCACAACCUGCCCUCGUUCAGGUCCCAGCCCCAGUCCCAGUCCCUGCCCAGCGCCGACCCCUCCCUGCCACCGGGGUGCUCUAUACCCCUCCAGCGCUGGCCGCUGCACAGGCCUACGAGCCCUACUCCCCCCCUCCGCUAGCUCGGAAGCCUGCCUCAGCCCCGCUUAGCGCAAGCCCUAUCUCCCCUCUCCGAAUGCCCCCUGCCGCCCCUCUAGCGCCAAUCAACACCUCCCCCACCCUCCUUCGCUCCGUCCCCAACCCCAACGCGAGCGCAAGCGCAGGAGGAAAACGUCUCUCCCCCUCUCUAACCCCCCUCGACCCAAAAUCCGCCCGAACGAUCUGGGCGCCCUCCUCUGCCUCCGGCUCUCCCCCCAAAUCAGCACGAACCAACAUCUGGGGCCCAGCGAGCUCCGUAUCCUCCGGUUCACCGCCUAGCCGAUGGCCGGAUUUUGCCCUUCCGGGGAAGAUGAUGCAAGGGACUCCUAGCCCUAGGGGGAGCAUUGCCGAGUCUGCUUGUGGGAGCACGAGCGCGAGUGGCGGGAGCGGGAGCGUGUGUGAUGCUCCGAGGAUGGGGAACGCCCCUGCCUGUGGGCCAGGGAUGAGCCCUGUUGCGAGCCCACCGACUGCGGGGGGGUAUAAGACUCACCCUAGGCUCGCCGGGCUGUUGUCGUGAUGUUUAGACAUUAGGAUGGCGGAUGAACAAGGAGGGAGAGGACGGCGGAAGUUGGAGUGGAGGAGGAAGAGGAGGAGGAGGAGGUAGACGCUUGGUCUGUCGUGUUGUGUUGUGUGGGCCACGGCUGGACGGAACCCAAUGUUCAGUUCCAAUCCCUUUAACCCUGGUUAUUCCCUUUUCGUUCAUCUUUUCCUCGACUCUGUUCAUUUUAUCUUCUUUUCCAUCUAUCAUUUCAUCCUUUCCCCAGCAGCCGCCCAAAACCGC